AUGGUAUUGCUCGAGAAGCAAUGGGUAAAUGUGCAAGAGAAGACAUUUACCAAAUGGUUGAAUAACAAGAUCGUCUCGCGCGAAGUCGCCGUCAAAAGCCUUGUGACCGACCUCUCCGACGGUAUCAUCCUAAUCCACCUGCUCGAAGUCCUCAGUAAUGAAUCUCUCGGUCGAUAUGCUUCGAACCCGAGACUGCGGGUUCAGAGGUUCGAAAAUGUCAAUAAAUCGCUGGAAUUCAUCAAGAGCCGCGGCAUUCAGAUGACAAACAUCGGUGCUGAAGAUGUGGUUGAUGGUAACAGAAAAAUUAUACUUGGCCUGAUAUGGACCCUCAUUCUGCGGUUUACCAUUUCCGACAUCAAUGAAGAGGGCUUGACAGCCAAAGAAGGCCUGCUCCUCUGGUGCCAACGGAAGACAGCAUGUUACGAAGGUGUUGAAGUGCGAGACUUUUCUUCUUCGUGGAAUGACGGGCUCGCUUUUUGUGCCCUACUCGAUAUCCAUCGACCCGACCUCAUUGAUUUCGACACGUUGGAUAAGUCGGAUCACAAAGGAAACAUGAAACUGGCUUUUGAUAUUGCUUCCAAGGAGAUUGGCAUUCCCGAUCUGCUCGAUGUGGAGGACGUUGCGGAUGUCCCCAAACCCGACGAGCGAUCCCUCAUGACAUACAUAGCCUACUGGUUUCAUGCAUUUAGUGCAAUGGAGCGGGUAGAAAAUGCAGGCAGGAGGGUCGAGAAGUUUGUGAGCAAUAUGCAGGGUGCUUGGGAGAUGGAGUCGGCAUAUGAAAAGAGAAUGCGGGCUCUCCUGCAGCAGAUCCGGCACCAGCGACAGACCUGGCGUGAUUCCAGGUUUGAGGGAACAUACGCGGACGCUAAAGCCCAAGCCAAUGAACUCGCCAGCUACAAACGAAACCAGAAACGAAGGUGGGUGGCAGAAAAGUCCGAUCUGGCAGCUCUUCUGGGGAAUAUCAAGACGAAAUUGUCCACGUAUCGCCUGCGUCCAUACGAGCCUCCGGCAGAGCUACGAUUGGAAGUGCUUGAUCAUGAAUGGGCGGCUUUGAGCACCGAUGAGCAUGCGAGAAGCAAACUGAUCAACGAAACCAUCCGGGACAUCAAGAACGCUCUGAGACGAAGCUUCGCGGACAAGGCCAACGACUUUGCAUUAACCCUGAACACACUUUCUCUAGCCAUAUCAGGGCUGGAGGGUGAUGUCGAAGAUCAACUAGAUCAUGCGCAGCGACUGUCAGCAAACUUGGGACCUCUCGAACAGUAUCUGGAGGGAAUAGCUAUCCUUGACGAGAAGUGCCAGGAGGCCAAUAUCGAUGAAAACGACUACACGACCUAUACUUACGAUGAGUUGCUGUACGAGCUGAGCUUGGUAAGGACGAGUGUACAGAAAAAGCUGACCUUCCUCGAAAACCAAAUGGUCGCGCGCAACAUGACCAAUCUGACACCAAUUCAGCUUGAAGAGUUUGAGUCUGUGUUUCGACAUUUUGACCGAGACGGCACAAACACCUUGACAGAGUUGGAGUUUAGCGCCGCACUGGCCAGCCUUGGACUGGUGUACGAUGAACAGGAGAUGCACGAGAAGUUCCUAGAAGUGUGUCACACCGGCAUCGACCCGACAAUGUCACCCAUCUCUCGACGGCAGAGGGAGUCUCGUGGAGUGGGCUUCGAGCAAUUCAUCCGCUUCAUGGUCGCCGUAACCGAAGACCAAAACAGCGCCGAACAAGUUUUCCAAUCCUUCCGUGAAGUGGCAGACGGGAAACCCUAUGUCACAGAGAUGGAUCUCAGGCAUUCGUUGAUUCCAGACGACCUUAUCGAAGACCUGUUACAAAGUAUGCCCGAGCAUACGGGCCCAGACAUGGAAGCAGACCGAGACGUACCCAAGUACGAUUAUAUUACUUUCAUGCAGGGCAUGAUCGGGGAUGGACAUUACGAUGCUGGGCAGAAAGAUGACGGUCGAGGCAGCCAAUCAAAUGGUGUUACGACGCCGACCACCCCCAGGCGAUAG